AGAAGCCUUUCCAAACGAAAAAUCCAGACCAGCUUUGGCAACAUGAAGGUCAAGAUAGAGAGCUCGAGGAUCAUCAAACCUUGUUACGAUGGUCCUCCUCCAUCGACCACCCUGUGCAUUCCCCUUACCCCUUUCGAUAAUGCAAACUACGACGGCCAAAUGGCGGUUAUCUACGCCUAUCAUCCCCCGACACCUCCGAAUCUUACCAUAAAACGAGGGCUGCAAAAGGUCUUAUCGGUGUAUAGAGAGUGGGCGGGGAGGUUGGGCAAGAACGACAAAGGCGAUCCCGUCAUUUUCUUGAAUGACAAAGGGGUUCGAUUCGUCGAGGCGUCUGUCAACGAUCCCCUCGAGGAAUCGAUGCCCUCGACGCCGUCGCCCGUUUUGCUGACUCUUCAUCCGAGCCUGAAGGACGUGGAGGAGUUGGUCCAGGUCCAACUCACCAGGUUCAGUUGCGGCUCGCUCGUGGUCGGGUUCACCGCUCACCACCUUGUAGCCGACGGCCAUGCCACCAGCAACUUCUUGGUUGCAUGGGGCAAGGCUUGCCGAGGGCUCGAGAUGGCCCCACUCCCGAUGCAUGACCGAACUAUAUUCGUUCCUCGAGAUCUGCCAAAGUUCGAGUUCCAGCACAAAGGGGUGGAGUACACAAGCAAGAAGCCAAUCGAGAUCGAUGAUGAUUUCGAUGGCAGCAUUCUUGCCGAAGAAGUUGUGAUUCACAAAGUCCAUUUUACCACGGAUUUUCUUGCCAAGCUCAAAUCUAGGGCUUCUUUGUCCCUUAAUGAGGAUAUAAGAAGUCCCCUAGACUUUAAAUCUGAUCAGAUUAUUGUAUCAUCUCCAACCGGCACUUCUAAUGGCCAAACGCAGCCCAACAAAAUGUAUAGCACGUUUGAGUGCUUGGUUGCUCAUCUAUGGAGAUGCAUAACUCGGGCACGUGUAUUGAGUGAAUUCGAGACGACUCAAGUGAGAAUCUCCGUAAAUGGUCGAAUGAGGUUGAACCCCAGAAUCCCAAACAAUUAUUUUGGCAACUUGGUCCUUUGGGCUUUUCCAAAGGCCAAGGUCAAGGAUCUCUUGAACGAGCCAAUAUCGUACGCAACGAAGGUCAUCCAUGAGGCCGUUUCGAAGGUAGACGAUCGUUACUUCAAGUCAUUCAUCGAUUUCGCGAGCUACAAGCUGAAGGAGGAAUAUCUCUAUCCCACGGAGAACAUAAACCCGUCCCCGGCCAAUUUGGAGGUGGAUAGUUGGCUGCGAUUUCCAUUCUACGACCUAGAUUUCGGAUGCGGGAGCCCUUUCAUGUUCAUGCCCUCCUACUUCCCAAUAGAGGGGAUCAUGCUUCUUUCGCCAUCUUUCAAGGGCGACGGAAGCAUAGAUGCAUUCAUCCCACUUCACAAGGAUCACCUGGAGAGGUUCAAAGGGAACUGCUAUACCCUCUAAAUAGAUCGAGUCAUCUAGAGAAAAUAAAGCGUUUGAUUUACGUCAUAUAUAGAUGGAUCGUAUGCAGACUAUGCUCUCUGCAUGCAAGCAUAUAUGAGGCUGCUGGACAGAAGUCGUGAUCUCUCACUAAAACGAGGGGGUUGUUAGGCUACCAACCCCUUGCUUGCCUGCAGUCGCUAAUUGUAGUUUUUUAUUUAUUUAUUAUUAUACACUUCAAAGCUAUAUAUGAAAGUGAUAAACAAUAGUGUCAAAAAUGGAGGGAGUCGGCAUGCACUAUCCUACUUCGGAGAAGGACUUGUCGGGGAUGAAAAUAAAGGAAGACACGUUGUCGCUAGAGAAAAGUCUGAUUUGCCAUAUUUUGUGCGUAUCCAACAACUGGGGAAGUCGAUGGCUUGUCCCUGUUUUUAGUGACGUCCCUUGAUGAUUGUGUACUUUUGUAUGGUUUGGAGGGAAAGAUAGAGGUUCCUUCAUGCAUAAAAAAGCAUGUAUUGGCUCAUUAUUGAAGAUUGGCUCAAGAUAUUGUAUACCA